GGAACUGGCAACACCUCAGGCAUUUGCUAGAAAUCCUUCACGAGUGUGGGAAUUUUACCACUACCGCAGAGAAGUGAUGUUAAGUAAACACCCAAAUCCUGCUCAUGUUGCUAUAGCUGAAUGUGAAAGCAGGCUGAGCAAGCAAGGCCGGAAGCUGGUGGUUAUUACUCAGAACAUUGAUGAACUUCAUAAGAGAGCAGGCUCCAGAAAUGUACUGGAGAUUCAUGGUAGUUUGUUCAAAACCCGUUGUACCAGUUGUGGUCACGUGAAUGAAAAUCAUCGGAGUCCGAUAUGUCCUGCUUUAGAAGGCAAAGGAUUACCGGAUACUGAUGCAAAUGAUGCUAACAUACUAGUGGAAGAACUUCCAAGGUGCAAGGAAUGUCUUUGUAAUGGUCUCAUUCGUCCUGCGACAAUCUGGUGGGGUGAAACUUUGACAAACUGUGUGCUAUCAUCGGGUAACAAUUCAAUGGGUAUUACAUUUCUUGUGAACAUGGUCGGUACGUCUUCUGUUGUGUAUCCAGCUGCCAUGUUUGCCCCCCAAGUGGCAGCUAGAGGUGUGCCAGUCGCAGAAUUUAAUACAGCAGCUACACCAGCCACUUCAAAUUUUAGAUUUCAUUUCCAAGGUCCUUGUGGCUCCACCCUUCCAGAAGCUCUUGCUCGGCAUGAAACUGAAGUUAUUAAUUAAAAAUACUGGCAAAAAUUGUUGGUUUUCAGAAGUACUUUUGGGAAGAAACUAAAAUCAGAUGCAUUCUGUGUAACUCAAUGCUAGCUCAACAGAUAAGUUGUUUUAAAUGUUGCACUUUAGAUACGCAAUGUUAUGAAUGUGCUACUCACUUGAGGGCCAUGCUUGCCUUAAGUGAUGGUAGUACAGUGUCAAAGCUGGUUACAUUGUUUCAUUAUGUCUGUGACAUGGUAUGACACCCCUUUGUUAUGGCCUUGACUUUUAUUUUUUGUCAAUGUACAAAUUGUUUAAAAGAAGAAUGUAUUAAAUUGUAUACAUAGUA